AUGGAACACGAUCAAGCCCCUCAAAAACAUUUCACCGUCGCUAUCGUAGGCGGCGGCAUCGGCGGCCUCACUCUAGCCAUCGGUCUUCUUCGGCGCAAUGUCUCAGUAGCAAUCUACGAAGCAGCUUCAGCUUUCGGCGAGGUUGGGCUAGGACUCUCGAUAGGCCCCGCCGCGCAUCGCGCCAUGCCGCUCAUUGACCCCCAGAUCCGUGACAUAUACGACUCCCUCAUUACCACCCAUGCCGAUAGCGAGGGUUAUGAGCGGUUUCGCCAGACCUGGUUUGAGGUGAUAUGGGCGACGGGAGAGGAGGCGGGGCAAAAGCUUAUGACACUCAAUGCGUUGCCGUCCGGGCAGACCACAGUGCGGCGCAGUGACUUUUUGAAUGCCCUUGUUAAUCUCGUUCCGGACGGCGUGGCGCAAUUCGGGAAGAGGCUGGUGAAACUCAAGGAAGAACCGGCGGGGGUUACUCUGAGCUUUGAGGAUGGUACAUCCAUCGUUGCUGAUGUGGUGGUUGGCUGCGACGGGAUUCGCUCGAGGGUCAAAGAGUCUCUCUUUCCUGAUGAGGUUGAGCAAUUCAAUCCGCGGUACAGCGGCAUGUAUGGCUACCGCGCCGUGCUCGAUAUGGAGACCAUGGUAGAAGCAGUAGGUGACGACCGCGCGAAGGUCUCGACGUGGUACAUCGGUAAGGGUGCGUAUGCAAUCACUUAUCCCAUCAUGCGCGCUAAGAAGGUCAAUGUCGGUUUGUAUACGUUGAAUGAUACAUGGGACAACGACGCAUGGGUUCGCGAGGCUAGUAGGGAGGAUAUGGAGAGAGAUUUUGGGUAUAUGGGGGAUUAUGUUAAUAAGAUUAUGAAGUACAUGACCGACGCCUCCCAAUGGGCCAUAUUCGAGCAUCCUCAUAUUCCGACCUUUGCAAAAUCAAAAGUCGCGAUCCUCGGCGAUGCAGCGCACGCUUCCACACCACACCAGGGUGCUGGAGCCGGCCAGGCGAUCGAGGACGCACAUGUGCUCGCAGAAUUACUAGCGGACAAGCGCGUCACCACCCCGGAGCAUGUUGCUGCCGCUUUUCAGGCUUAUGAUGCCGUACGACGGGAACGUAGUCAAAAGGUCGUGACCAGCAGUAAGGAGAAUAUGAAUUUGUUGUGCCUUUGUUAUGAAGGUAUUGGCGACGACGGAGAUAAGUUGAAGGAAACAUGGCAGGAGAGGUUUCGAUGGCUUUGGGAUAUUGAUAUCCAGGGGCAGGCUGAGAAGGCCAGGGGUAUUAUGCUUGAUUUGAUGCGCCAGCAAGAGUUGAGCUGA